AUGCCUGUGUCCAAAGAUAACAUGGUUACCGAAGAGGAUUUGGAUAAAUGGCCAUACCUGAAAGGUGUUAAGAUCCCUCAUAUUCCUGCUGAUGUGGAUUUGCUAAUUGGAGCAAAUGCUUCCAAGGUAAUGGAGCCCUGGGAGGUUAAAAACAGUGAUGGAGAAGGACCUUAUGCAGUUAGAACCCUACUGGGAUGGGUCGUGAAUGGACCAUUACAAGGAAGCAAGGACAAUGGGAACACAAUUGAAUGUCCGGAUGUUACUGUUAAUAGAUACGCAGACAAGCUGGAGGAGCUGAAACAGGAGCUCCAACAAAAAGGAAGCCACAACAGGCUGCAGGAGGAGGAGCUUAUCAGUGCGAUGAGAGAGCAGGUUCUGCGUCUCACCCAGAAGGAGCAGGUGCUGGAGGAGCGUUUGGAGAGUGUGUGUCAAGAAAACACCGAGCUGAGGGCCAGUUUGGCCUCUUUGCACACACGCCUGGCUCUACAAGACCAACUCAACCAGCAGCACAGCCAGCAGCUAGCUGGGGCGCUGCAAGAGGCGGAGGCUGCACAGGGUCGCUCACGGCAGCUGCAGACCCAGGUCGAGGAGCUUCAGGAGGAGGUGUCCCUGCAGGAAGGCAGGAGCCACGGAGACGCACCCCUGCUGUCCGAGCUGGAGAGCAGCAUGGAGACGACGAGCCUCGGGGUCAGCAAAGAAGAGAUUACACAAGAAAUGUGGUCCAGUCUUCAGUUGCUGCUCCCACUGACACCGAAACUGAACAACUCGGGGAGGUCAGAGGUCGUGGAUCAAAAGGAAGACCUGCACACAAUACUGCGUCAGUUGAAGGGAGUGGCCCAGACUCUGGCACUGACGUGGGGCUCUCAGGAGCUGAAUCGAGCUUUUGUCGACAGGACGGGCGAUCAGUGUGGGAAUCCGAGUGCAGCGCAUGAGCUGAGAGAUCAGAACGUCCAUCUGCAGCAGGAAAACGCUGAGUUGAAACGUAAGCUGCAGGACGUGGAGGAGGAGGCCGACGUCGUCCAACACACCAUCAGAGAUCGAGAUGAAGCCAUAGCCAAGAAAACCCUGAUGGAGGCAGAGUUGGUGAGAAGUAAAAGUGACAUGAUAUCUCUCAACAACCAGUUAGAAGCCAUCCAACGUAAGCUGGAGUUGUCACAGGAACUGGAAGCCUGGCAGGACGAUAUCCAGAUCGUUAUCAACCAGCAGCUCAGGUCCCAGCAGCAGAUGGAGCAUCCUCAGAAGAAGUCCACCUCCAACGGCACGUCCUUCUUCCGCAGGGGGGGCAGAGCCGCCUCCACCUCCUCCACCUCCUCCACCUGGAGUUCAGACGUGGAUCCUGGUUGAUGGGACGAGUCUUGGAAGUUUUUCCUGAUAAAAAUGGACUUGUGCGAGUACAAACUAAAACCAAUAUACUUGAGAGACCUGUGACAAAGCUUUGUCUAUUGUAUGACAACCUGGAAAAUUAAAGGACUGAUUGCAAAGACUUAUGUUCUAAAAAUGGAAGAUUGUUUAAAUGCAAUGUUAUACAGUGUCGCUUUGGACUUUAAUGGCUCUUUGUAUAAAUAUUGUAUUGAAUUGUAAUGUCUACUUGUCAUGUACAAUUAGGGGCCGGAGUGUAAGAGCCAUUAUGCUCUCUUUUUGACCGUUGUAGUUCCACUGGAGAACACUGGGUGGAGUAUGGGUUUAAGGUGUAUAUAGAUAAUCAGGGAGCAAGGGAAGCCAGGUGUUGGGUGUAAGGUGUAUAUAGAUAAUCAGAGAGCAAGGGAAUGGGGGUGUUGGGGAAGCAAACAGUUUUUGACCGUGAGGAUCAAGGGUGAGGAGCAAGAGUCAUGGUGCAUCAGAACUAUGGAUUGUAACAUGUUUGAGCAUCAGAACUGAGCAAAAAAUAAAGAAGAUAAAAUGCAGUAUUGGACUGGAACUGGAAUCAUUUGGAACCACGCGUCAGA